CUGAACGCACCCCAGCACACACACACUCAUGCUCAAACUGCGUCGCGCUUAAUGCCAUAAACUAGUUUAGUGGACUUUGUUGCCAAAUUAAGCCAUAAUUGCAGUCAAAUAUUGAUAUCUACGAAGUACUUUGUUAUCAACAACUAUUCAGCCUCCGCAUUCUCUUCACUAGACAUCCCACGCGAGUCAUAUUUGGGAGAUUGCUGUCGCAUGACAAUCCUAAACGGACCAAGAACUAUUGACACCGACGAAUAUGCGUAUUUUUAGCCAGGGCAUGAGUCCUCUGCACUAUUCGUAAGCCGUUAAGCAAUCUAGGGCACGUUUUUUCAAUGAUUUAGUAGGAUUUAGUUCGCCUUGUCCGGCAGUGACUGGAACAGAUUGGCAUUUCGUUUUCAGACAUGCACGGACUGAGUUGCAAAUGUAAAUGGGGCCUUACUUUCAUUAUGUUCUUAUCUGUCAUUUGCGUGUUUAUCUUCUGUGAAUAUUUGAUAUAUUACCCUGCAAUUUUGCGUUGUUCGUGGCCGGAGUUGAAUGGAGACAGCGGCAAGGGAGCCCCUCCGCUUCGUGCAUUGUUUCUGUCGGAUACCCACCUCCUUGGCGCAAUAAAGGGACACUGGCUCGACAAACUGCGAAGAGAAUGGCAGAUGGAGAGAUCUUUCCAGACAGCACUGGGGAUCCUACAGCCAGAGGUGGUCUUCAUUUUGGGAGACCUCUUCGACGAGGGGAAAUGGAGCUCCCCAAAGGACUGGGAGGAUGACGUCCGCCGCUUUAAGCAGAUCUUCCGACAUCCCAGUGAUGUGGAGCUAAUAGCCAUCAUUGGGAACCAUGACAUUGGCUUCCAUCAUGAGAUGAACUGGUACAAACUUGAACGCUUCGAGAAGGUGUUCAAUGUCACGUCUGCCCGGAUCGUAACCAACAAGGGAGUCAAUUUUGUACUGGUGAACAGUAUGGCCAUGCAUGGAGACCGCUGCCCCAUCUGCGAGCAUGUGGAAAACGAGCUGUACAGCCUCUCUCAGGCUCUCAACUGUUCAGUGCUGAGCCACCGGUCAAGCAGCAUGAGAACAUACUGUCAGGACGAUAUGCAGAAGUUUCCCCACUCUUCACCUAUCAUCCUACAGCACUACCCUCUGUACCGACCCAAUGAUGCAGAGUGCACUGGGCAGGACGCCGCCUCUCCUGAAGAGCGACACCAGGUGUUCCAUGAGCGCUAUGACGUUCUCUCCCAGGAGGCUUCUCAAAGGUUACUCUGGUGGUUCCAGCCCCGCCUUAUUCUGAGCGGCCACACCCACAGUGCCUGUAAGGUGAUCCAUGACAACAAGCACCCAGAGAUCAGCGUUCCUUCCUUCAGCUGGAGAAACCGCAACAACCCCAGCUUCAUCCUGGGCACCUUCUCUCCCACAGACUUCCAGUUGGCCAAGUGCUUCCUGCCAGAGGAGAGCAGCGUGGUGGUCAUCUACUGCUCCACAGCCAUGGUCGUCUCCCUCCUGCUCACUGCCCACCUCCACUUCUCCAAGACCUCCAUGCUCCUGGCCACCAGCCUCAUGGGCAAGCACAAGGGCUUCUGACUGUUAUAGU